ACCACCACCACCAUUCUCCAUAUAUUCCAAAGCCUCUCCUCCUCCCAAGCUCCUCAUCUCCUCCCCUACUCCUCCCGCACUCUCUCUCCCCUCCUCUCGCUGCUCUCCAUCUCCAUAGGCAAUUCUCAUAGCAACUGCAAAUCCAGUCCUUCACUUAAACUCUUGUGGUUUUGAAGGCCUGGAUCCCUUUUCUCCUACUCCUUAACAAAACCUCAAAAAAAUAUUUUCCAGCAUGUAAUUUCUCUCUUACCGCUUCCCAAUCCACCCAAAAAAAAAGCAAAAAAAGAAAAAAAAAAUCUUAUUUAUAUAGUUCUUAAUCUGGCUUUCAUCUCUUCUCAUAAAAUUCCUUAGCCAAAAAUUUAUAAAAGCCUCUAAAUCAUGUAACUUUUUUGUCUAUCAUAUCAGUUAAUCCUUCAAAAAAGAAAAAAAAAAAUCUCUUAAAGCUGCUUUAGAAAGUCCAGUCCUUUUGUUCUAAGAACUGGCAAAGCCCUUCCCUUUCUCAUAACAAAACCUUUAUAAAAAUCAUUAAAUCAUGUAAUUUUCAACUUUACCUUUUACCGUCUACUUAAAUACCCAAAAAAAAAAAACAAAAAAAGGUAGUUCUGUAAAAGUGAAUUUUCAAUGCCGACGGAUACAGAGAGCCCGAAUAUGUCGGCGCCGGCGACGCCCGGCACUCCCGCGCCGCUCUUCCCUUCCCUCCGAGUGGAUUCCCUAUCGUACGAUCGAAAGGCUGUCCAGAGCUGCGGCAAAUGCCUGCCCGUUGAUUCGUGGAUGUCGCCGCACUCGUGCGUUACCGUCUUCCCAAAGCCUGACGUGUCCCUCACUCGCAAGCUGGGAGCUGAAUUUGUGGGCACAUUCAUCCUCAUCUUCUUUGCCACCGCCGCUCCAAUCGUGAACCAAAAGUACGACGGAGCAGAAACCCUAAUCGGCAAUGCGGGUUGCGCCGGCUUGGCCGUGAUGAUCGUAAUCCUCUCGACCGGCCACAUCUCCGGCGCUCACCUGAAUCCUUCUCUCACCCUGGCCUUCGCCGUCCUCCGCCACUUCCCCUGGAUUCAAGUUCCGGCUUACAUCGCCGCGCAGGUCUCCGCCUCCAUUUGCGCUUCGUUUGCUCUUAAAGGGCUCUUUCAUCCUUACCUCUCCGGUGGGGUUACCGUGCCUUCUGUUACUGUGAGUACGGUUCAGGCGUUUUUUCUCGAGUUUGUUAUCUCCUUCAAUCUGCUCUUUGUGGUCACCGCUGUGGCUAAAGAUACUCGCGCGGUUGGAGAGCUUGCGGGGAUAGCGGUGGGGGCUACUGUGAUGCUUAACAUACUCGUGGCUGGGCCAGCGACCGGCGCAUCGAUGAACCCGGUUCGCACUCUUGGCCCGGCUGUGGCUGCCGGCAACUACAAGCAAAUAUGGAUCUAUUUGGUGGCGCCGACCGCCGGCGCCAUCUCCGGCGCCGCCGUGUACACCUCCGUGAAACUCAGCGAUGACGUCGACCCCACUACUCCCCGACCCGCCCGAAGCUUCCGCCGUGGCUGAUAUAGUUUCUGACGCUGUACUCGUUUCCUGCAUCCCUCGCAUGUCUCUGUUAUAUAAGAAUAAUAGUAAUAAUAACGUUUGAAAAGUAAUAAUAUUGUAAUAAUUACAACUUCCUCGUGAUACUUCGGAAGUGACGUUAAGUCCACGGGCCGGGCUUCGUCGGGCCCGCUGCGCACUGUGAUAUAUUUGGCGUGUUGCUGUUUGAUAGUGAGAGAGAUAUCUCUGCUUGUGUGUGUGUGACUGUCUCUGUUGUUGUGAAUUGUGGAAGAAUAAAGCGGGGGAAAUAUAUAUAUAUAUAGAAAAAUAAAGAACGAUGUGAGUCUUCUCAAGCACUUCUGCAAAAUUAUUGCCAUGUUGGCUGUGCUACAUUGCACACUAUGGUAUUAUUUG